AUGGAGAAGAGGCUGAAAGAGCAGCUUGAUAGGUCUCGUGUGUUCAGGAUGAUUGCUUCUCAUGAAAAUGUUUAUGAGGUUAGGAAUGAUAAGUACUCCUAUUCAGCGGACCUCUCUACUUGUACUUGUUCAUGUGUGAAGUGGCAGAUUAAUUGCUUCCCAUGCGCUCAUGCACUUGCUGCUAUACAAGGUGCAAGACUUGAUGUGUAUGAUUUCAUUGAUCCUUAUUUUACUGCUGAAUACUAUAGGAUGUGUUAUAGCUUUCCUAUUGCACCUCUGAGUAACGUGGAUGCCUCUUGUUCUUCCAUUGAGGACUUUAUACUACCUCCUGUUACAAAGAGGCCGGCUAGGAGGCCUAAAUCAAAGAGGAUAGCAUCUGCUGGUGAGAAGAAGCUGAUUCGAUGCGGUCGUUGUAAUAAGAUGGGCCAUCAUAACAAGAAGAGCUGUACGGAACCUUUGAACAUGUUGCUGUAG